AUGAAGACAGUCUGCAUGGUGGGAACUCCAGUGAAUGAAUGGAUUUUUUUCAGCAGAUUUGUUGCUUUUUCGACAUUGGUUUUCGUAAGGAUAGUUACUGGGCUUGCUGGAGAGGGAAGAUCUGUGUGGAAAAAGGACCCUCACUUCAGCCCCGUGAGUGAAACACAGAUGUUUUUGUACGACACCUUCCCCAAAGAGUUUCUCUGGGGUGUAGGAAUGGGGGCUUUCCAGGUGGAAGGCAGCUGGAGGAAGGACGGGAAAGGCUCCUCCAUCUGGGACCGCUUCAUCCACUCGGAGUUCAGGGAUGCUGACAGCACAGACGCCUCCAGUGACAGUGACACCGUGUUGGACAAAGAUUUGUCUGCUCUGGAUUUUUUGGGAGUUACUUUUUACCAGUUCUCAAUUUCGUGGUCAAGGCUUUUUCCCACUGGAGUGGUAGCAGCUCCCAAUGAAAAAGGACUCCAGUAUUAUAACACCCUUAUUGACUCUCUGCUCUACAGAAAUAUUGACCCCGUGGUUACGCUGUACCACUGGGACCUGCCCUUGAUGCUGCAAGAAGAAUAUGGGGGAUGGAAAAAUGAAUCGGUAAUUGAUAUCUUCAAUGACUAUGCCACCUUUUGCUUCCAGACCUUUGGGGAUCGUGUUAAGUAUUGGAUUACAAUCCACAAUCCGUAUUUAGUUGCUUGGCAUGGGUAUGGCACAGGUAUUCAUGCUCCUGGAGAGAGAGGGAAAAUAACAACCGUCUACUCUGUAGGACACAAUUUGAUCAAGGCUCAUGCAAAAGUUUGGCAUAACUACAAAAAACGCUUUCAACCGUAUCAGAAGGGGAUGAUGUCCAUAGUAUUGGGAUCCCACUGGAUUGAACCUAACCGAUCGGAAGGUGCUUUGGGCAUUUCUAAGUGUCAGCAGUCCAUGGAGAGAGUACUCGGAUGGUUUGCUAAACCCAUCCAUGGGGACGGCGAUUAUCCAGAAGAACUGAAAAAUGAAUUCUCAUUUUUGCCACACUUUACUGAGGAUGAAAAAAACUACAUAAAGGGAACAGCUGACUUUUUUGCAUUUUCCUUUGGUCCUAAUAACUUUAAACCUCCAAGCACUCUACCAAAAAUGGGACAAAAUUUGUCACUUAAUUUGAGGGAAGUACUGAACUGGAUUAAACUGGAAUACAACAGUCCUCGAAUCUUGAUUGCAGAGAAUGGCUGGUUCACUGACAGCCAUGUGAAAACAGAUGACACCACAGCCAUCUACAUGAUGAAAAACUUCAUUAAUAAGGUUUUACAAGAUUUUGAGGAGGUUACAUUCCAGUAUUUGGUUUAUGAUAUUUUAAAUACUGCAGUGACACAUCAGGAAAGUCUAGAUGCAGGCUUGGAUUUGGAGGUGUGGAACAG